UGCAAUAUAUGAAGUAUUAGGCAAUUCUGAACGUAGCUUGGCAGCUGAAGAAAAGUUGGCAGAUGUAAUGGCCAAGUGGGAGAGAUACAGGGCGGCUUCUGCUGUCACUACUGCAAACAAUGCUGGAACAACUAAAAGAACCAGACCUCAGCAUCACUUUUUUCUUUUCAAAAAACAUCUAUUCAUGGACAAUUUUAUAAAUUUGAAUGACCCAGUAGAGAAAGAACUGCUGUAUCAUCAGGUCCUUCAUGAUUUGAGAACUGAUCGCUUUCCAAUUACAGAUAAGGAAGCUAUGAUGUUAACUGCGCUUCAAGCUCAGUUGGAGCUCGGUGACUUGGAAGAAAUUUUACAUGAUUAUAGACCAAUAGCUGCUCACUGUUUACCUGCUCGUAUCGUUCCAGUUUUACCCUGUGAAGGAGUACACAUGCAUCAUCAGUCUCUGCGAGGAAUGACUCCAUCCGAGGCCAAACAAGCAUUUCUUAACCUGAUUCAGAGCUGGCCACUACAUAAAGCAACAAUAUUUGAUGUCAUGCAAUCAUUCACAUCCAAUUGGCCCAGGGUUUUAUGGCUUGCAGUCGAUCAAAAAGGUCUUCAUUUAUUGGAACAUCGAUCCCGUAAUACCUUAUGCACCUAUGACUAUGGAAGCAUAUUGAGUUAUGCACCUGCUCUAAACUGUCUGAUGAUAAUAACUGGUAGUGACCGUAAACAAAGUAAAGUGAUACUCACCACUGCACAGGCAUUUCAAAUUGCAACACUUAUAAAAGAAUAUAUGGAGGUGUUACAGGAUACCGCUUUAGAGAUGAGAAGAACAGAUCACCCAAAGAGCCAACCAAUCAGCGUUGUUCAUUCUAACGCGACACUGGUGCCUCUCCAACCUAGCUAGAAAAGGGUUACUUUCGCAGAUCAUGUUACCAAAUCCUGCUAUUAGCAAGUUGAGAUGAGUACUUACACUCUUUUUUUUUUUAAAUUGAAUUCUGCCGUUUUAUUUGGUUGUGAAUAUAUUGAUCUGCGAAAAUUGUUAUUGAAUAUAUUAUACCAAAUGUUCCAGAGUAUUAAUGCACUUAUUUAUGUCGAGAAUAAUGUAAUUUUUUUUAAUUUAGUAACUAGUUUUUAGUCACGUUUCUUUUGUAAGAAAGACUGAAUAUUCCAAAUAUACAUAUUACAAAGUCAAAUGAUGAAAUAUAGAUUAAGAACUUUUAAGUUGAAAUCAAUGAUUUUGCUCAGAACAGCCAUGUAUAAUAAAUGUAUAAUAAAUAUUCACAUGAACAAGUAUGACUGUUCAAUUUAAGGUAAUAAAAAAUGAUAAAGAUCUGAAAAAAGUUGAGAUGUUCGUCAUAUUCAUUCAUCAAUGGAGAGAUCAACAACUGACUUUAUUAAUUGUCAUCUACUAGCCGUUUGUUUUUUUAUUGGUAUAUUUCACAUCUAACGAAAAAUAUUUUGAAUUCGUUGACCAUGGCAAUCAACUGACUCUUGGUGAAUUCGGUUCUUAUUCAUUUCACAGUUAACUCUCAUUUAACGUAAACUGAAAACGAACUUUUAUAACAGUUAUUGGAUUCACUCAUGAGAUUAAUUAAAUAUAAUUUGAAAAGAUGUGGCUAAGAAAAUAAUACAGUUUUUGCUUCAAAUGCCACCGACACUUUCAAUUUUAAAUGAUAGAAAUUAGCAUUAUUUGGUUUUAGUCUUCUCAAAUUGAUGAAAUAUGCAAUUGAUUUGGAUUUCUUCGAAGACCCAAUUAAUUGUUUGCUAUACUGUUGGAUGUCUAAAUAGUUUCAAUUUAGGAUGGUAGCUUUCCAUGUAUGUGAAAUUUCAUAUGCAAACUCUUCCAUGAAUGAUAUCUCAUUGAGUUUCAUAACGAAUGUUAGUUUCCUGGUUUUGCCGUGGUCAUGUCCAAACGCUUCAACUGCAACUGCGGCAGUUAUCCUCAGUAGUGGCGUGGUCGAAGUACUCUUCUUAACAUAUCAACUGAAAAUGAAGCUUUCAUUUCUGCCAUGUCAUUUAUAGUGCUGAUUUUUCGCACACUUUCUGUAAUGGCGGGUUCGCGCGUACUUCCCGCGCGGGAAGAACGCGCGAACCUCCUGGGACAAGUAUACCUUAAUUAGAUACUUGUCAGAAGUUAAUUUGAUUGGGUCUAGCAAAAUUGAUUGAUUUCUACAUUCUGAUUAAUUGUAUGUGUCAGAUCAAUAUAGAUAGAGACCAUAUUCAAAUGUUAAAAAACUAGUCAAAUUGUAUAUACGUAUACUUAUAUAAUGAAAGUUAUUAUAUGAACUGUGUACUCCUUUUUCGUAUGUUGAAACUUCAGCCACUGUUUUUUUUUAAUUUCAUUUAGGAAUCAUUUAUUCUAAAUCAAUGAAUCUGAGAAUAUGACGUAUUUUCUAUUUUUAUAUUUUCAUAUUUAUAUUCGAUAUAUAAAUACAUGAUUGUGCUAGAUUUCUCACUGUUAUGUAUUUUUUUUCCAGUGACAUCUCAAUAUAUUUUUAUUUUUCAUUUAUGUGGAACUUUAUAGGGAUUCAAUUUAUACAAUAUUUCGCUCAAUCCUGUAUAGAAUUUUCAAUCCUAUGUUGAUGUAAUUAAAACUAUUGCUGACA